GUGCCCGGGCAAGGGGAGCGCAGCGCGGUGCCCUGCAGCCCUGCAGCCCUGCUCCUGCUGACUGGUGGGAAAUGCGUGGUGGGCUUUUGGCGCGGAGGAGCAGCCAGCAGAGCCGGAAUGUUCGGUGGAGUGUCACCCUGGAGCCUGGCAGUGAGCCGGGACGGCCCGUCCGCCUUCCUGAAGUGUUCCCAGGGCGCGGAGCGACGGAGAGCCGGGCUGCGGCUGUAAGAGGAGAGUACAAAAGGGUGCCAUGCCUAGAUCUAGGGAGGUUGGGAGUUUCUGAUGAAGAGGGUGGGGACUCUUACAUACCAUACACUGGAAGUUCUUCUCAUAGGUGCCAACUCGAUUCAUCUUCAGAGUGGAGAACAUCAUUACAAACUCCAUAUGCACAGCAUCAACAUGUCAGUCUGCCACUACAAAAACAUUCUGUUUUAGAGCAGAAGACAAGACCAGAAAAUCUGCCAUCCCCCACAGACAAAUCCAAACUGAAGCAUGGUCAGUAUGAAGCAGGUACAAAGGAAGAAUAUAAGCAGCAUCCUCAAAGAAUUGCAGAGAAGAAAAAAGACCACCUUCAGUGUCAAGACACUUUAAUAAAGGGUACACAGCUUGAAGAUGGACAUGAUGAUUUUGUAAGUCUUGAUAAGAAAGCUCUCCUGCAACAAUGCUAUACAAAAAAGCCUUAUAAUAUGCAGCUCAACAUAAGGAAAUCAGAAGCUGAGGAUGUUGCUGCAGAGAAGAGAAAACAGGCUGUUGUAGAACAAGUUAUGGUAGAUCAAUUAUGUAGAGGUGUUAUAAGUGAUCCAGAGCAGUCCACACGUUCUGAUGCUUGCAAGGAAGCUCAAGGACUUCUGGGAGCUGGGAGAGCACCAAUGCAUUUUAGGAAAAGGACACUCCAUGAAACCAUAAUAAGGACCAAAUCAGGACUAACUGAGAACAUGCUCUCCAACAAGCUACGCUUUGAUAGUAAGAUUAUAUCGAGAAAUAGUCACGAUGCUUGUAGGGAGUUGAUUGGAUUUUUUUUUGCAUGUGAUAAAUCCCUUACUGUGUAUGAAUUUCGACAGUUUGGAAAAAACAGGACAAAUGCCUUGCCUUUCAUUCAGAAGGGAGUUUAUCAACAUCAACGUGGACAAAGAAAGGGAAAAGCUUAUGAUCUUAGUGACUUUUACAUUGGAGCCAAUCUGACUUUCUGAAGUGUUGAUCAUAACCUCCCAGAAAGUGUUAAGCAGAGCCCUGUCUUCACCCUUCGUGUCAUAAGUAUUGAUGGUGCAGCUAUGGAUUAUCUAAAAGCUUCUUCUGUGGAACUCAAGGAAGAGUGUUCCAGGCAAGUGGUUCAUGACAGCAAAGUUUUCAAGAAGAUUAAAGGUAUAUUCAGAGAAAUGCUAAGUAAAAGAGGAGUUUGGGUUACAACAGGCUUAGGAAAGUAUUUCUGACAAAUAGACGAGCAAAAUGGCUUUCUCUCUCAGGCAGCCUUGAAAGAAGCUCUAAAACGAUUCCAUUUGGAAAUGCCUGAAGGGGACUUUGAAUCCUUAUGGCUUAUUCUUGAUGAUACCAAGAGUGAUAAGGUCGACUGUGGAGAAUUUACUCGUGCCAUAUUUGGAGAAAUGAAUGAAUAUAGGAAAGCAUUUGUAAGAAAAGCUUAUAUGAAAUUAGAUUUCAACAAAACUGGGAGUGUGCCUAUGGUAGAUGUCAGAAAAUGUUACUGUGCAAAGAAACAUCCUCUAGUAUUGGUGGGUGAAACUGUAGAGGAAGAAAUUAAAUCGUCAUUUCUAGAAGCAUUAGGAGAGUCCUGCAGCAACCCUAAUGAAGUGUCCUAUUCUGAGUUUGAAGAUUACUAUGAAGGACUAAGUUUUGGAAUUGUGGGAGAUGAUGAUUUUGUUAAUAUCUUAAAGAAUUCAUGGGGAAUUUAGAG